AUCAACGUGCGACCAUUCAAAGACCUGCCCUUCACUUCUAUAAUGCUGUCACUUCGAACAUAAAAACACCGCCAUGAGUGCAAUAUAAAGCUAAGUCUAUGGAUCGACAACCUUAAAACAAAAGUGACCGCUGGGGAAUUCAUCAUCCAGGUUUUAUUACCACAGUGAGUUUGAGAUAGCUAACAUGCUAAUACACCAUGCUACUACUGUCAACAUUUCCAAGUGUCGAUGGCAGCGCCGAACUCAGCCGAGAGAAAAGCCUGCUGGGAAGCCAGGGAUUUCUUCUGGAAGUGUCUGGAUGACAACAAGGACAAAUCAUCAACAUGCCACAACUUCCAAGAAGAAUUUGAGGCUAAAUGCCCAGCUCAGUGGGUGAAAUAUUUCAGCAAAAGAAGAGACUUCCUGAAAUACAAGGAGAAGAUGCAGACGGAAGGCUUCACUCCUGCUGAAGGCCCCCGGGGCCAGGCCUCCUAACCAUACAGUAAACAUCACCAGGGGCCAGGCCUCCUAACCAUACAGUAAACAUCACCAGGGGCCAGGCCUCCUAACCAUACAGUAAACAUCACCAGGGGCCAGGCCUCCUAACCAUACAGUAAACAUCACCAGGGGCCAGGCCUCCUAACCAUACAGUAAACAUCACCAGGGGCCAGGCCUCCUAACCAUACAGUAAACAUCAUGUCAAACACAACAACAGCAAGGCUUUUUGACAUAUUUGGGGCCUUAAGAACUUAUGAUCAUAGUGGUGUAUUUACAAACCCUGUUUCCAUUUGAGUUGGGAAAUUGUGUUAGAUGUAAAUAUAAACGGAAUACAAUGAUUUGCAAAUCCUUUUCAACCCAUAUUCAAUUGAAUGCACUACAACGACAAGAUAUUUGAUGUUCAAACUCAUAAACUUUUUUUUUUUUUUUUUGCAAAUAAUAAUUAGGGCCCGCCAUGGCCCAUUGCAAAAGGACUCCCACAGGGAGUCCUUAUGCAAUGGGACAUAAGGACCUAUUGAAUUUCUAAGGUUUUAUUCUUUAUUAUUAUUAUUAUUCUUUAUUAUUCUUCCGCCGCCUCUUUGAGCACUAAUUUGACCCACUUAACAUGCUUCAAAACUCACCAAAUUUGACCCACCCAUCAGGACCUGCGAAAAGUGUCUUUUAAUACAAAAACCAAACCGCAAAAAUCAAAAUUGCGCUCUAGCGCCCCCUAGAAAAAAAAACAACUAGACUGCCUGUAACUCCCACUAGGAAGGUCAGAGAGACAUGAAACAAAAUCCUCUAUGUAGGUCUGACUCAGACCUAACUUUCAUAAUGGUACAUUCUUGGGCUAAAAUCAACAGGAAGUUGGCAAUUCCCCCUUCAAGACAAAAAAGUACUAAAAACAGUCACUUUUGCCUCUUUGAGCUGUAAUUAGACCCCCUUAACAUGCUUCAAAACUCACCGAACUGAACGCACACAUCAGGACUGGCAAAAACUGUGAUCUAAUAAAAAAACCUAACCCCAAAUUAAAAAAUUGCGCUCUACAGCAAUUUUUUUAUAAAACGGAGACAAAACUGCUCCUCGGAAGAAAACAUUUCCAAAACUGCCUGUAACUCCCACCGGGAAGGUCGCAGAGACAUGAAACAAAAACCUUUCCGUAGGUCUCACUUACACCUACAUUUCAUCAAUUGACAACCCCCAGCAAAAAUAUACAGGAACUUUGCUAUUCCCCCUUCAACACAACAUUUUUGUAAAAACCGGUCACCUUUCUUCAAAAAUUAUCUCCUCUGAGCGCGUUUGUUGUUUCGGCUUCAAACUAACACAGGUGAGAGAUUGAACCCUUCUGAUUAAAAGUUGGCGAAAGAGUUGUGAUACCUGCUCCGGUUUGGAUUUUAUGACCUUCAAAGACCCGCUGCACUUAUGCUCCUGCGGUGCUGUUUUUUUAAGAUGGCUGCUCAAAAGCAGGAAGCACCAACGUGCCCACACAAUGCAGACAAGGUAGGUACACUAGACAAAAGUCUUGGGACACUUCAGACUACAAGUAGACAAAAGUAUUGGGACACUUAGGACUAGCACCUGCCAAAUACGCGGGCCCGAACAACGCUGCUUGCAGCUUUAAUUAACUUAGAAUUUCAUGGCUGCGACACGUGACAAAGUAGUUGGGAAAGGGCAUGUUCACCACUGUGUUACACGGCAUUUCCUUUUAACAACACUCAGUAAACGUUUGGGAACUAAGGAGACACAUUUUUUAAGUUUCUCAGGUGGAAUUCUUUCUCAUUCUUGCUUGAUGUACAGCUUAAGUUGUUCAACAGUCCGGGGGUCUCCGUUGUGCUAUUUUAGGCUUCAUAAUGCGCCACACAUUUUCAAUGGGAGACAGGUCUGGACUACAGGCAGGCCAGUCUAGUACCCGCACUCUUUUACUAUGAAGCCACGUUGAUGUAACACGUGGCUUGGCAUUGUCUUGCUGAAAUAAGCAGGGGCGUCCAUGGUAACAUUGCUUGGAUGGCAACAUAUGUUGCUCCAAAACCUGUAUGUACCUUUCAGCAUUAAUGGUGCCUUCACAGAUGUGUAAGUUACCCACUAAUACACCCUCAUACCAUCACACAUGCUGGCUUUUCAACUUUGCGCCUAUAACAAUCCGGAUGGUUCUUUUCCUCUUUGGGACGUCCACAGUUUCCAAAAACAAUUUGAAAUGUGGACUCGUCAGACCACAGAACACCUUUCCAUUUUGUAUCAGUCCAUCUUAGAUGAGGUCAGGCCCAGCGAAGCCGACGGCGUUUCUGGGUGUUGUUGAUAAACGGUUUUCGCCUUGCAUAGGAGAGUUUUAACUUGCACUUAGAGAUGUAGCGACCAACAGUAGUUACUGACAGUGGGUUUCUGAAGUGUUCCUGAGCCCAUGUGGUGAUAUCCUUUAGACACUGAUGUCGCUUGUUGAUGCAGUACAGCCUGAGGGAUGGAAGGUCACGGGCUUAGCUGCUUACGUGCAGUGAUUUCUCCAGAUUCUCUGAACCCUUUGAUGAUAUUACGGAGCGUAGAUGGUGAAAUCCCUAAAUUCCUUGCAAUAGCUGGUUGAGAAAGGGUUUUCUUAAACUGUUCAACAAUUUGCUUACGCAUUUGUUGACAAAGUGGUGACCCUCGCCCCCAUCCUUGUUUGUGAAUGACUGAGCAUUUCAUGGAAUCUACUUUUAUACCCAAUCAUGGCACCCACCUGUUCCCAAUUAGCCUGCACACCUGUGGGAUGUUCCAAAUAAGUGUUUGAGGAGCAUUCCUCAACUUUAUCAGUAUUUAUUGCCACCUUUCCCAACUACUUUGUCACGUGUUGCUGGCAUCAAAUUCUAAAGUUAAUGAUUAUUUGCAACAAAAAAAAAAAUGUUUAUGAGUUUGAACAUCAAAUAUGUUGUCUUUGUAGCAUAUUCAACCGAAUAUGGCUUGAAAAUGAUUUGCAAAUCAUUGUAUUCCGUUUAUAUUUACAUCUAACACAGUUUCCCAACUCAUAUGGAAACGGGGUUUGUAUUAGAUUUAUUUCUAAAUAGCUAUAGUCACAUUGGAAAUGGGGUGGGUUUUUUUUUUAUCUUCAUUCCACCGUAAUGGUCUAAAGUAUGGUUUUUAACCUUUUCUGAGCCGAGGCACAUUUUUUUUCAUUGAAAAAAUCCCAAGGCACACCACCAGCGGAAAACAUUAAAAAAUGAAACUCAGCAGCCGAUAUUGAUAGUGAAAAGUCGUUCUCGCCAUUGUUGGAUAAAAAUUCAAAGCAUAACCAAGCAUGCAUCGUUCUAGCUGAAAGUAGGUGUGCUGUCACCACCUGUCACAUCACACCCUGACUUUUUUUGCUGUUUUCCUGUGUGUAGUGUUUUAGUUCUUGUCUGGCGCUUCUAUUUUGUUGUUGAUUGUCAUGUCAUGUACGGAUGUGCAUUGUGGACGCCGUCUGCGCCACGUGAUUUAAGUCUUUGCUGUUGUUCAGCAUUCUGUUUUUGUGUACUUUGCAGCCAGUUCAGUUUUAGUUUUGUUUUGCAUAGACAUCCCUAAGCUUCAGUGCCUUUUGUUUUUUUUGUUUUUUGGUUUAAGCAUUACAUACCUUUUUACCUGCACACUGCCUCCCGCCGUCUUCUGCAUAUUGUGAUCACGACAAAUCAAUCAAUCAAUCAAUCAAUCUUUAUUUAUAUAGCCCUAAAUCACAAGUGUCUCAAAGGGCUGCACAAGCCACAACGACAUCCUCGGUACAAAGCCCACAUACGGGCAAGGAAAAACUCACCCCAGUGGGACGUCGAUGUGAAUGACUAUGAGAAACCUUGGAGAGGACCGCAUAUGUGGGUAACCCCCCCCCCCUCUAGGGGAGACCGAAAGCAAUGGAUGUCGAGUGGGUCUGACAUAAUAUUGUGAGAGUCCAGUCCAUAGUGGAUCCAACAUAAUAGUAAGAGUCCAGUCCAUAGUGGGGCCAGCAGGACACCAUCCCGAGCGGAGACGGGUCAGCAUCGUAGAGAUGUUCCCAGCCGAUGCACAGGCGAGCGGUCCACCCCGGGUCCCGACUCUGGACAGCCAGCACUUCAUCCAUGGCCACCGGACCUGUGCCCCCCCCCCCCUCAAGGAAAAGGGGAGCAGAGGAGAAAAGAAAAGAAACGGCAGAUCAACUGGUCUAACAGGGGGGCUAUUUAAAGGCUAGAGUAUACAAAUGAGUUUUAAGAUGGGACUUAAAUGCUUCUACUGAGGUAGCAUCUCUAAUUGUUACCGGGAGGGCAUUCCAUAGUACUGGAGCCCCAAUAGAAAACGCUCUAUAGCCCGCAGACUUUUUUUGGGCUCUGGGAAUCACUAAUAAGCCGGAGUUCUUUGAACGCAGAUUUCUUGCCGGGACAUAUGGUACAAUGCAAUCGACAAGAUAGGACGGAGCUAGACCGUGUAGUAUUUUAUACGUAAGUAGUAAAACCUUAAAGUCACUUCUUAAGUGCACAGGAAGCCAGUGCAGGUGAGCCAGUAUAGGCGUAAUAUGAUCAAACUUUCUUGUUCUUGUCAAAAGUCUAGCAGCCGCAUUUUGUACCAACUGUAAUUUUUUAAUGCUAGACAUAGGGAGACCCGAAAAUAAACAUGACAAAUCAUGUUCCUGACGUCUACAAAGCAAUUAGCUACCUGCUGCCACCUACUGAUAUGGAAGAGUAUUACACGGUUACUCUGCCCAGCUCUUGACAGCACAGACAAUAAUUACUGGUUUGCAAAGAAUAUUUUUAACCCAAUUAGGUGAAAUUACAUCAUUUCCCACGGCACACCAAACGAUAUCUCACGGUACACUAGUGUGCCGCGGCACAGUGGUUGAAAAACACCGGUCCUAAGUAUCCUAACUAUUUACCAUGAAUUGAUUUACUUGGACCCGACUUAAACAAGCUGAAAAAUGUAUUGGGGUGUUACCAUUUAGUGGUCAAUUGUACGGAAUAUGUACUAUACUGUGCAAUCUACUAAUAAAAGUUCCAAUCAAUGGUGUUAAAGUUCACUUUGGAAACAGUGAGGUGCACUUCCUCCUUUAGACAGUGGGGGGCGGCAUUGUAUUUGUUGGCUAGGAUGUGAUUUGGGACGUUGUAUGGUAAAUGGCAGGGCCGGCCCGUGGCAUAGGCCGUAUAGGCAAAUGCUAAGGGCGCCGUCCAUCAGGGGGCGCCACGCCAGUGCCACAAAUGUUGGAGAAAAAAAGAAAAAAAAAAGUUGGUACUAUUAUUUCUAAAUACAAAAAAUAAUCCCACGUUAAUUAAAAUGCAAAGUAAAGCCUAUUUAAUAGAAAUAUUAUUGGUUACAACAUUACGCCCCCUCCCUUCCCGUAUCAUGACUCUUUUUGGACGUCACCACAUCAAAAAAUCAACACAAGAUGUCAAAACGGCCAAAACUGUCAGGUGCCCAGGGAAGAAAAAAAGAGAAAAGAAGAGGAGGAGAAACGAGAAAAGACAGAGGUAGCAGGUAGGUGAGCCGAACAUGAAAUUAUUUGUCUGUUACAGAAUGUGAUAGUAACCUGGCUUUUUAGCAUUAAGCUAAUGUUACAUGAUUCGGCAAUUGCUAAUCAAUAAAUAGCUAGUUCUGUUUUAAUGUCGGGUUAAUAUUGUGGAGGGGGCUAAAUUGUUAUGGAAAAUAAUAAUGUAACGUUAGGUAAUUACAGUACUCCCCUCCCUUACAUUCCUUUUGGGACAUUUGUAUUAGAUCUUUUAAGCAGGUGUUUUUUGUUUACAUUGUUAUUGCCUUCUGGUUAGCUAAUGUUUGCCCUGCAGGUAAUAGUCACUUUUCCACCCCUUUAUAUAUUAGGUAUAGUUGUAAGUAAAAAAAAAAAAGGUCAAAGACAAAGCUAUUCGGGUUCUUGUGAGUAUAUACACUUCACUGCUGAUGUGGGGGGGCGCCACCUAAAAUCUUGCCUAGGGCGCCAGAUUGGUUAGGGCCGGGCCUGGUAAAUGGGUUAUACUUGUAUAGCGCUUUUCUACCUUCAAGGUACUCAAAGCGCUUUGACACUAUUUCAUACCUGCCAACUACUCCGGUUUUCCCGUAAUUAGUACGGUUUUCAUCAACCUAUUCCGGGUUACGGUUGCAGUGAUAAAAAAUACGGUUUUUCAUUAAUUAAAAACAAUUUUUUUUUUUUAAGUUUUAUUCACGAAAUCGCGUAACAACAACGACAAUCGACACUGCUUCCCGUAACUUCCUAUCGAGCCAUUCCGAAUGCUAUGUGCGAGGCUAUUUGUAGCACCGCUGCCAAGCACGAGGCACCAGUUGCCAUUGUUUCCAAACGAGCGAACGAUCAUGGAAUCAGCCGGAGAAAAAUCGCAAACGAGUCUUAAACCGAAAAGAAAACUGCAGUCAUUCCGUGAAGAAUAUUCAAAAGCCUAUCCGGGAAUAAUUAUCCGUUCCAAAAAGGGUGAAAACUACGCGAAUUGCACCUUGUGCAGACAAGAUUUUUCCAUCGGACACGGAGGAAUUAGCGAUGUAAAAGACCACGUUGGGACAAAAAAACACAAGUCUAAUGCCGUUGCUAAAUUUGGAUUUUAGCCACAAAAAGGUAAUGACACCAAUGUUAUCUAUUGGAAUUGUUUAGUACUGUUAUACUGUUAAAAGUGUUUAUACUAUUUAUGCUUUCAAGUCCAAGUUGAAGAAAUCUUGUUAAAUGUUGACAGCAUAACUACCAAAAUACAGAAG